GCCCUUGUCCACACUAAGGCUUAUCAAGACCCACAUAAUGAUAGGAUCAACAAUGAUGAAUGGGAAUGGAAAUGAGAUGGCAACCAGCGAAGAAGGAAGUACAUCAUACACUUUAAAAUGGGCUACUGACAAAGCAGGCGAAUUACAGAAAGCAGCCAAUACUCAAGCACUCGAGAAUAUGUACGAUGAUAUGGCUGACAAAUAUGAAGAGAUGGCUCAUGCUCUGGAAUACAAUGGAACUAGGCUGACUGCUAACGCCCUCUUCGGUCUGAUACCGAAUCAAGACAUAAGAGUACUCGACGUAGGAUGUGGAAGUGGCAUGUUUGGAAAAGAGCUUUUUGAUAAAGGAUACCGCGAUAUACACGGUGUAGACAUGUCUGCUGGAUUGCUCAAGGUUCUUGAAAAGAAACAGAUAUACACCAAGCUUGUGAAAGCGAGAUUUGAUCCAACCACACCUCUUGAAUAUGCUGAUGGGUAUUUCGAUGUGAUAGUUAGUUGUGGUGUUUUUUUACCAGCCCAUCUCACUCACACCUGUCUACCAGAGAUAUUCCGUCUUCUUAAACCUGGUGGAAUUUUUAUCAUCACUACCAGGAAGAACGUUUUUGAUCACUACCAGGAAGAACGUUUUUGA